AGUCACCAACUUGAACGACCCUCGGUGCCGCCAUCCGCGCGUCGCGCAACUUAAAAAGCCGUCUGACAAGUUUUCUGUAUCUGUAUUAGGCUGCACAAGCGAGUGCAUCGGCAUCUGUGCGGCAGCGCGUGCGCAAAUUUAGGAUUUGCACAGCCCUUGCUGACACCCUCUGCGGCGAGAAAAACCGUGCGACUCGGCGUGUUCGAAGGCUGCAAGUUGCUUUACGCCAUCGAUGCGACGUUGUUCACCACAGCCGCCAUCUCCCGUCCGCACAGGUUACCACCCGCGCGGCGCGUACGAAACCACGCCGCCAACCAACCUGCCCAUGCCCGGAAGCCCGGCGACGACGGGCCGGAGCCUCGCGCAGACGAAGGACCACGUCGGCCUGCCCAUCGCCGACAUCCUCGCGACCAUCUCGCAAGAAGGAGUGAACCGCGUCUUCGUCGACUACCUGCAGCGGACGACGCCCGAGAGCCAGUAUCUGGUGGGAGACGCGCACGACGCCGACUGCGCCAUCGUCGCGUGUUCCGGCGCGUGGCUGGAGCGCUGCGGCUACGGCGAGGCCGAGGUCAUCGGCCGGGGCUGCCGCCAUUUACAAGGACCGGAAACGUGCGCGCGCGCCGUCGCGGCCAUGGGCGAGGCCAUGGGCCGCGACGGCCAGUGCGCGACGUCGCUGAUCAACUACCACGCGGACGGCUCGAAAUUUCAGAAUGACUUCAUCCUCGUGCCGCUCACGAGUCGAGACAGCACGGCAGCACGCUACUACAUGUCCGUGCACGCCUCCGAGCCCGCGCUCGACUGGUCGCUCGCGCCGCCCGUGCCCGCGCAGUCGCCCGAGGCGCGCAUGCGGUCGUUUUCAGAGACGCUGUCUCCUUCACAAGCGACGCGCUCGCCGCCCGCCGGAUUGCGCGUGCCGGUAUAGCCCUCGUCCGACCGCUGGCACUCGCCGACGUGCCGUUUUCCCUCUCCCCGAUCCCUUUAAGAGUUGUUGUCCCCGGUA